CUGGAAAAUAAACUCCUUGCUCUGACGAUUACGUGCCUGUCUUGAAUCGGCCAUGUUUACAGUUUAAACGUGUUUAGAAAAAGGUUACGUAAUAUCCUUCCUCUUUAAAUGCAAGGCUAAUGAAUUCUUGAUAAGAAAUCGUUCCUUGCGCAAUGCAACCUGAAAAAAAUGAAUAAUUACUUCUCAAAUCUUUUUGUAAAUUUCAAAGAUGAACGGAUAGCAGGAUAUGAUUCGGGUAUAUUGGUGUUUUUUAGCCAAUGAAUCGGACUGGUUCAUGCACGUAGUCUAUGGUUCAUAUAAAAUGAGCCGCCAAUCGAUGAAUUCAUCGAUGAAUUCAAGUCGACCAUUACAGUGUGUUCUCUGAUUGGGUAGUAAUGAAGAAAAGGUAAGAUAUUUUUAGUUAUAUAGAUGUCUUUGUUCUCACGUAUGUAUUUUUUACAAACACUUGUGAGCCUUAAAUAAAAUAACUAAUACUAGUAGAUCUUUUUUCUUCUUACUUUGAAAUCAUAUAAGACAUUUUUCGAAUAUCACCGAUUUACUGGCCUGUAAUGGAUUACAUUAAAAUGUAAAUAAUGAAGUGUGCUACCGCUGAUAAGUAACAUAUAAGACUAUUUUGAUUUGAACAAAAAAUUAGAAAACAAUACAUGUGACUGUAUCAUUUAAAUUCCAUUGCUAUUUCAAUAUGAAACCAUUUUAAGCGGUAUUUCAAUUUUAUACUACUUUAAUAAAAUAAUUUCCUUGUUUGAAUUGAUAGCACUCAUGAACAGCGGAUCAUCGCUAAAGUUCAAAUGGUUCAACUCCUGCUUCAGAAAUCUUUCAGCGUGGAACAUUCGUGUUCAGCUAGUCGUUCUGAAUUCCUUGUGUUUAGUACUCAUGGUCUUUGCGCUAAUGUAUACCAACAACGUCCAUCGUACUCCCCCUUCUCAUUCUCAGCCUUAUGAGUGCAAAGAGGAUUUCGGGUAUGGAAAAGCAUCUUUGGAAGAAAUAAUCUCAGGAACAGCCCAACAAUUAGAGCACCCAAAUUUUACGUACAUCAGGAAUGCCAAUAAAACCUGUAUACCAAAUUCUGACGUGCUUCUACUGAUUUUAGUGAAGUCUGCUGUUGGACAUUUUAGGAAGAGGCAGUACAUCAGAGAAACAUGGGGUAAAGACGCAAGAAAAAGAGGAUUCAAAAUUGCUUUUCUUUUAGGCUUUAGCAAAUUUGAAGACGCUAUCGUAGGUAUAGAAAAUGGGCUCCACGAGGACCUUAUUCAACAGAACUUCGAGGAUUCCUACGUAAAUAAUACGCACAAAAUCAAGAUGGCGUUAUCCUGGAUAUCUGAGUAUUGCAAACAAGCAAAAUACAUUCUCAUUGUUGACGAUGAUAUGUAUGUGAAUAUUCCAAACACAAUAAGCUUUAUUUUACAAGAAGCCAUUAGUCCCGAUGAAGAUUUCUACAGUGGACAUCUUGUUCCUGAGCCCUAUCCAGAUCGCUGUCUCAAAAGCAAGCAUUUUAUUUCAAAGACCCAGUAUCCAUUUGCUUGUUAUCCGCCUUAUAUAGCCGGUGGUAGCAUAUUACUAAACAAAUACACGGUGGAACAGUUCGUUAGAGUAAUGCAAUUCAUUCCUUACCUGCCAUUUGAUGACGUGUUUCUUGGAUUUAUCGCUCAAAAACUGGGGAUUGAACCUACCAAAAAUGCUUAUAUAAGCUUAGAAGAACGCACCACAAAUGCAAAUGAUAUUAAGAAUUUUAUUUCGCAACAUGGAUAUAAUACUAAUAUUUUGUUUCGAAUUGCAUAUAACAAUACCCAUAUGCAAAUGAAAACGGUAAUAAAAUUGGCUUAAAGUAAAGACAAUUUACCUACAAAAAAAAUGGUGUAUAUUUCUUUCAAAAGGGUAAAAGGUUUUGAGUGUGAAAUACACAGAAAUAUGAAAAAAAAUCAAUAAAAUAAAAAAAGUGAA